GUAAAUUGUUCUGCUUCUAAAAAAAAAUGUAGAGGAUUAUCAUUUCAUAAAAUAAAAAAAAACAACAAUAAAUUAUGGGAGAAGAAGUUAAUCAGCAUUAUAAACAGGAUUGAUACCAGUUUCAAUCCAGAAGCUGCUACAAUCUGUUCUCGUCAUUUUGAGGAUAGUUGUUUCAAAGAAAAUGAAUCAACUGGAAAAAGAGAUCUGUUGGAAAAUAGUUUACCUACAAAACAUAUACCACAAAAGUCUUUCGAAAAGAAAAUUGCUCAAAGAAGAUCACCUCUUAAAAGGAUAAAUUUGACAACUGAACCUGAAGAAUUUAACGAAUCAACUCAGACAGUUAUCACAAAAGAGACUGUUCUGAAUACACUUCGUACCAUACCAGGUUGGUUUGUUACACAACAUGAAAAUGGGGUAGAUGUUGUUAAAUACAGACAUACAGAUAUGAAGAUAUCACAUUGUGUGAAAAUAGAUAAUGGAAUGGAGUACCAGCUAUUUAUAGAAGGUAUGAACCUUAAAACUAUUCAUAUUAAUGAACCAUCUAUUAUCACAAAAUCGGAAGAUCUAAAAAGAAUUAUUGAGAAGAUUACCAUGAUAAAACCAUGCAUGGGUGUCUUUGAAAAAGAUCUAAUAGAUGUAUCCGAUUUUACUAACCUCAAUUACAACAAGGAGGUCGUGAUCAACCAACAGAUAAAUUCUAUGCAGACUAUGGUCCAUAGCGUUAAAUGUCUUGUUAUUGGGCCAGUCUGCAUAGAAUGUAAAAAAACAAAGAAUAUUCUAAAACAAAAAAAAAACAGAUUAGACAUUGCUAGAAAAAGAACAAUAAAUUUUAACAAAAAGACACCUUUAGUAAAAACGUCAAAAGAAAAACUAUCAAAAGCCUUAAAAGAUAUUCGAGUAAAAAAUAGUAGAUUGGAAAAAGAAUUAAGGACCAUCCAAAAGAGAUUAAGAAAUGAAAGCGAAGAAGUUUCUGAACAAUUACAUGACAGCUUAUUAAAUAUUAUGAAUAAAGAAACAAUUUCAAACCCUUUUCUGGACUUGUUUUGGAAGGAACAAAAAAAAAAUUUUAACAGAAAGUCUUCUGGGAAAAGAUGGCACCCAAUGAUAAUAAGAUUAGCUAUUCUGUUACACACUCAAUCCCCCCAAGCUUACAGGUCAUUAAAACAAACUGGACUUUUGCAUCUACCCGGAGAAUCGACACUGCGGGAUUACAGUAAUGCUAUAAGUCCAACUCAUGGUUUCAAUCCAAAUGUAAGUAGAUCUUAAUUUGUUAUUUAUUUGAAAAAAUCCACUUUGUGUCUUACCAAUUACCAAAGCAUUCAUUACAAUUAAAUAUAUGGUGUAUCAAGGAUGUGGCCACAUAAUUUUGAUGAAACUUAAAUUUAUGAUUAUAUAACAAAGAUCUUGGUUCCUUUGAUAAUGGUGCAUAUAUCCGAACGUAACUCCCUGGAUUAUGACCCUGUUACACAUCAAUGAAGGUUGAGUUCGAAGUUAGUAAAAAUCUGACCCAAAUCUUUAGAAAUACAUCAUUUUACAUACAACAUUUUGACGCGAUGUUUUUAAUCUCUUUGCGAAUAUUGGCUCUACUGGACAAUUUCGCAAAACCCAGAUACAACCAUUUGACUCCCCACAGACGAUAUGUUACAUACUGCUUUCAUAAAAAUUCAAUUAAUUUUUUUAGGUGAUUAAUGAUCUGAAAGACAUGGUUAAAGACCUGAAAGAUAAUGAAAGAUGGGUAGUUUUGAUUCAUGAUGAAAUGACUAUCAAGUCUGAUUUAGUAUUGGCUUCCACCUCUGAUAAAGCAUCGCCUAAUCAAAGGCUUAUCGAUAUGCAUAGAGAAGAUAAGGAAGCUAUUUACUCUACAAAUAAUAUUUUUGCUCGGGAAAGACAAAUUUAUUUUGUAUCAGAUGUACCCCAUUUGUUGAAAACGCUAAGAAAUAAUCUUGCCAACUCAGGAUCUGGACUGAAGACACGUUACCUUUGGAAUGAUGGCAAACAUCUUUUAUGGUCCCAUGUCAGACAAGUAUUUAUUGAAGACAGCAAAUCAGAAUUACGAAGAACAAAACUGACCCCUGCUCAUGUAGAUCUAAAUUCGUAUUCUGUAAUGAAAGUUAAUCUUGCUGCUCAGGUAAUGAGCAAAACGGUCAGUAGUGUUAUGAAGGCAUACAUGACAGAAGAUACCUGGGAGACAGCUAACUUUAUAGAAAUUGUUGACAGACUUUUUGAUUGCCUUAAUGUAAGAUCAAAGUCAGAAGGUAACAGGGUUAAAAAAACUGAUUUAAUGCCAUAUACAGAUGUUGAAGAUAAAAGAUUUGAGUUUCUGUUAAAUGAUGCAUUGGGCUAUUUCAAAAACUGGAAAUUUUCUGUUGAAAAUAGAGAAGGCUUCGGCACAUCGGAAAAAUCGAAAAUGUUUAUUUCAGCGCAGACAUAUAAAGGCCUUUUUGUAACAAUAAAUUCUGUAGUAGAAGCCACCAAGUAUCUCUUGUCUUGUGGUGUCAAAGAGGUGUAUACCAAUUCCUUUUGUCAAGACCCUUUGGAGUCGCAUUUUGGAAAUCACAGAGGUUUGGCAAGGAGAAACGACAACCCGACUUUAUAUGCAUUUGGAUACCAGGAAAACAAGAUUAGACUUCAAAGAAACCUGUCUAUUCUCUUUCAAUCUAAUAAGGGAAAUAUUGAGAAAGAAAGUGGUUCCAUUAAAAUAAAUGCACAACCUCUGAAAAAGAGGAAACUGUGAUAUUUGCACAGAGAUGAUUUAAAUCGAAAAUGUCGACAAUUACUAAAAAAUUUUAUUACAUAAAAAUACACACCACAAGCACUAUAUUGAAAUGCUUGGUUAUAUGAUAAUGUUCAGACAAUUUCAUAAUAAAUAAAUAAAGAUUGCUGUUAAAAAAAUUAUGUCAUAUAAUAAAUAAAUAAGGUACUUCUCAUAGAAUACAUGUAUAAAUAUGCUAAAUUGUUGGAUGAUGACAUGAGUAGAAUUUAUAGUUUUUUUAAUGUUUU